AUGAAAAGGUUAUGGGGAAAAAAUAACAUUCCAGAAAAACAAUAUCUAAUAGAUGAACCCACUUUUAUCACAGAUUCCAUUAUGUGUGUAACUGAGGUGCACAGUUUUCAACAGUUACCAGAGAAACAAAACAGCAUACUGGUCAGUAGUGAACUCAGUGCACCAACGGAAGUGGACAGCCUCCUGGACUGUCUGUCUCAAUGUUCCAGUAUAGACUGCAAAGUUAUAUUUUACAAUGGCAGAUCUCGUGAUUGUUUCCAGUUAAAGCGACAUUUUACAAAUUUAGACACCUUUGCCUCCAGCAGUGACACAGCAGUGUACACUGAUCCUACAGUUCCAACCACAACUACCACCACCACCACCACCACCACUACUCCAGCACCACCAUCAGAUGACUGAAAUAAACUUGGAUAAAUAUCUAAGCCAGUAGAGGAUGGUUUUUGAG